AAAGAUCAACCAAACUUUCAAAUCUUCUGAGAUCAGGUACAUUGGUCGAGACAAAGUAAAUCUACUAACUAGCUACUAAAACGAUAGUGGACAAUAAUGCAGUCGAGAUAUUCAGCACGAUCCACCACAUGGACACGUCCUAGGGAUUUCCCUCGUUCUUAUUGUGGUUCGGCAGCAAAAAGUGGGCUUGGAGCGAUGCGCCAGGGGGCAAGCUCUAACUGGAAUAGGGUACAACAGAAAAUGGAUAUACCAAAUGUGAAGAAACCUGAACUUGAAUUUAGAAAACUGGUGAUGCAGCUUACUAACAAGAGCGGUGGAAGGAUAGAAGCCAUGGAGAGGAGACUCACUAAGCGAAACAUUGCUCCAAGACCCAAAACUGAGUUUGAGCUCAUGAAAGAAAGACUCAAGCACGUUGAAUUUAGUGAUGAAGAGAAAGGCUUUUUGACCAAAGACCAGAUGGAAACAAUAACUCAGAAAAUAGGAGAUGCCAAGAAAUCGCUUAUGGAACUUGAACGAGAGGCGAAAUCUAAAGGGAAACAAUUAAAUACUUAUAUCCUCGAUUACAAAGAUUGGUCAGAAGAGGUCGAGUUUCUGAGGAGUUCUGGACUUGGUAUAGACAUGGACAGCCUUCUUCAAGCCCGAAAAAGAAUCCUGGUUAGAGAUCUCUUCUACGAUCCCGAGGAAGCCGAGAGAAGGCGACAAGCUGCAGAGUUAGCGGCCAAGCUGGCAAAGGAGCGAGUAGAGGCUUUAGAAAGAAAGAAAAAAGAGGCCGAGGAAGAGAAAUUGAAAGCUUUAGAUGCUGAAAGAGAACGCCUUAAAAAAGAACAGGAGGAGAAAGAAAGAAGAUUGCGUGAAGAAGAAGAGAGAAAACUGGCAGAAAACCGAAGAGAAGAAGAAGAAAUCGAAAGGUAUGCAGAGCAGGAGAGGAGGAAAUUGGAAUUAGAGAGAAUGAAAGGAGCAAAACAAGAAGAAGAAACCAGAGCUAAGAGAACUGGGCUACUGAGAAAGUUCUCUACCACCGAUAUAAUUCCACCUGAAGGUCCAGAUGUCGGUAAAUUGAAAUUCGAACAGAGUGAAAAUGAUCAGAAAGGUCGUCGUAGGUCAGUUGGUAAACUAAACAAUCCUUUCGAAGCAGGACUAGAAACUCAAACCAAAACACAAAAACAGAGGGCCAGACGUGCUAGCAAGGUAGGAAAGUUGAACAGUCCAUUCGAGGCAGGCAUAUCAGAAAACGAGGGACCUAGUUGGAGCAAAGCCAGUAGUCGAAAUGCCAGUCGAGGUUGCAGUAGGAGGGGGUCGAACACCAACAUUGAAACAACACCCUUUACGCAGCAGCCCGAUUUUAUGGAGGCGCUGGCGGGUCUGGAAGACCUUGCUGCUCGAGCAGCUGAAGCGUUCAAUGACGACUAAACUCGAACGAGAUGUAAGGAGCAUUGAUAACAACCAUUCUUAUUUUUCGAACUGCUUAGGGAUAGUUCACAUAUUCCGUCUGCAAAUUCUCACGCUAUUACGGAGGGAAGAGAUGUUAGAUGCUGAUUGCUGCUUAAAAAAGAGGAAUGAGACAAUAAGUUGCUGACGUCAUAUGUGAACGCUUUUUUGUUUUAGUUACGUCGCACAUGCUACCGCGACAAAAAUUAUUGAUUUAUGAUUUUUACUGGGUCAUUUAGGUCCAAACAAACAGUACAUUAGAGUAAAUAGGGAUCUGUGUCUUAUAAAAACCCAUUUUCAAGCUCUUGUUCGUUUUGUGGAACAUGUGCUUUUGUUUAUUCUCUAACUUGAAUGAGUUUUCUAGGGGCCACUGCAGCCGUGUUAA